CUUAUGUAUCGUACGCGAAUUAUCGAGACGUUGUGAAUUUGGCGGCUUGGCGAAAAGGUACUGUAACUUACUGAUCACGCAUCCACUGGGCUUGCGGCGCCGCAAUCCUUUAAUUGAAGGAGGGCACUCCUCCAUACUUGCCUGUCGCCAACAGAUGAACAAGAAAGCCUCCGGCCAGUGCGACGACGAAUCUCACCGUAAAAACAGGAGAGCGGCAAGUGCCUCUGGGUUUCGUUUUGGCCCCGCGGGUGCCCCGGUUGUUUCCGAGUCCACAGCACACUACGCAUAUGCGCCGGCGCCGCCAACAUGACAUCUGCAGGACCGACGCAAAUCGCCGGCGCCACGAGUAGAUCUCGAUUGACCGAGAACAAGCGCCGCUACCGAGCUCGUCGGAAAGAGUAUGUAGCGGAUCUAGAGCGACGUCUCGCAGAAGCGCGAGCGCAGGGGGUAAAGGCGACAAAGGAAGUGCAGUCGGCCGCACGAAAGGUUGCCGCCGAGAACGGGCGCCUCCGGGAACUCCUUCGGUUGGCUGGCUUCGCCGACAAGGACAUUGACGGGUGGGCCACGGGGGAUUCGAGGGAUUGCACUCGAAGGGGAGAAAUAGAGCAGAAGGCCAGGCUUUGUGCAGCGAUUCUAGCUAGCCCGGAGGGGUUGGCCGCGGAGGAGAAGACAUGCCCAUCGCGGAAGAACAUCAGGCAGAGGGAGUCCAGGGCGGCUGGGGCUAUGCCACGGAACACAGACACAGCAUUAAGCAUCCAGGAGCCGCUCGCCGAGUCUGGGUCCUCCGAAAGUCAUGACUCGGACCCAACGGUGACUGCCGGCCCCACGCCCCCGACGAGUGAGGCUGCUACACGCACAGGGACCUGCGCCGCCCGUGGCCGAGAAAUCCGGCCAUGCAAACUCCUCUCCCUUCUGGCCGAGAAUCCGAGUGCAGAUAUCACGCAGGUCCCAGUUCAUCCAAGAGCAGCCGAUCCUCUCCAUGAUACCGCUCAGCGCGAAGGAGAUGUGGAGUGUGGGAAGGCAUAUGAGAUGCUCAUGCAGUACGCGACAUCCGAGGAGAAGAUGGAUUACGUUGCCCGAGCGUUGGAAGCCGGCUGCACCGCGAACGGGAAGGGCGGCUGUGCCGUUAAGAAGAAAGUUGUAUGGGAAGCUCUCGACAGCAUGUGUGAAUGAACUCUUGUUAAGAUGGUUGACCUGCCUCGGCGCUAAGGUAUACGUGUAAUGGUUGCGCCGUUUCCCCUUCCGACUAGUAGUACGAUAGCUAGUCCGAGCAGUUGGUUGUCCGAAAUCUCAAUCCACAUCUGUUUGGCCAGCCCAUGGUAGGAGGACAUGGGCCCAGGAACGGACGGAGAGAUUUUUGUGCGUGCACCAAUCAAAGUUAUCGACUAGCGUUUUUUUACUUCUGG